GUACUGGACCAAUGCCUAGGGAGCCUCAGAUUGGAACUUGAGCUGGGAAAGCAAAGGCCCUGAGUGCCCAGAUGCCUGUAGCCAUGCCACGCUGGCAGUGUAGGUGGGCUCUGUCCGCGACCUUGCUGCUGUUUCUCUUAGGUUCCCCAUUCCUAGUGACUCAUGGGUCAAGAUCUGGAGAGGGAGUAGAUAAUAAUGACCAGAAAACCAUGGAGAUCUUCCUCUCUGCUACCGUGGAGUAUGCCUUACAUGUAUUCAACUUGCAGAGCAAUGACACGAAGGCCUACAGGUUGGUGCGCAUCCUGGAUUCCAGGAUAGAGCAGGAGAAGAAGAUGAUGGCAUUUUCCAUGGAGCUGCAGCUUAAAAGAACAAGAUGUGGGAAAUUUGAUGAAGAUAUUGACAACUGUCCCUUUCAAUCAAGUUCAGGACAGAACAAUAUCAUCACCUGCUUCUUCACCAUCAGCACUGAUCCCUGGAAUACAAUAUUUGAACUCUGGAACAAGACCUGCUUGGAGGGUGGCUCACUCAGUUAAGUGUCUAACUUCAGCUGAGGUCACAAUCCCAGGUCCUGGGAUCAAGCUCUGCAUCAGGCUCUCUGCUCGCUGGAGUCUGCUUCUCCCUCUGCCUCUGCCUACCAUGCUCCCUGCUUGUGUUAUCUCUCUCUGUAAAAACAAAAAAACAAAAAACAAAAAACGACCUGCUUGAAUGGCAUCCACUAAUGAGAUCCCAGAACACCUGGCUCUGAUUGUUCUCCUGAACACCAGUCAUGUCCUGUUGGUCACCCUUCAGUGGCUGAGCAGCUUCAGGUUAUGUACUAUUUAUUUACAAAAUCUGAUAUCUCAUAUAUGGGCAUUGUGAAAAUUCUUCAUUGUUCAUUUUUUAUGUAGAAAAAUUAUUAAACAUUAGCAUUUCAAGAA